AUGACGAGCAAGGAUCGAAGAAAUCGGGAUAGGACACAUGAACAAAUGCGUGAAGAUUGCAGGGUACUGAAAAAGAUAUUCUGCCUGCUUGUCACUGUCAUUGUGAUCGAGUGUAUUCUAGUUGCGGCCGUUAUUAGUUGUUUCGUAUACUUGGCAAUGUUACAGUGGGAAACAGGAAAACCCAUCCCAUUCGUUUGCCAGAAAUGGUUCGUCUAUUCUUGUCUUUCGAUUUCUGUGAUUUUUUUGGUACUUAUUCUAUUCUUUAUUUAUCGCAUUAUCCGUGAGCAAAAGAGAAGACUGGAAGGGUAUAAAGCAUAUGGAAUCUCGUGA